UCAGGCACAUUUUGGAUUUUCUUAGCCCAUCGCAAACCACCUUUACUAUCGAAUUCCUUCUCAAUCGACCAGUUCGCCAACCCACCGACAACACCUCGACUUCCCUUUCGACAAACGACGACAGCGGAGCCGACAAGAUGAAGUUCCUUAAGGUUGGCCGAGUAGCCAUCAUCACCCGUGGCCGAUACGCCGGUAAGAAGGUCGUCAUCAUCCAGCCCGUCGACAGCGGCAACAAGGCACACCCCUACGGCCACGCCCUGGUCGCGGGCAUCGAGCGCUACCCCUCCAAGAUCACCCGACGCAUGUCCAAGACGCGACAGGACAAGCGAAACAAGAUCAAGCCUUUCAUCAAGGCUAUCAACUACAACCACCUGAUGCCCACACGAUACACUCUUGAGCUCGAGGGCCUCAAGGGCGUCAUCUCCGGCGAGACCUUCAAGGAGGUCAGCCAGCGCGAGGAUGCCAAGAAGAACGUCAAGAAGGUCCUCGAGGAGCGGUACACGAGCGGCAAGAACAGAUGGUUCUUCACUCCUCUGAAAUUCUAAUCCUUUCGUCUGCAUUACUUCCGUCGUUCGGUCUUAAGGGGGGUUCGGUCUGGGAUGUAAAUCGCAUCAUCAAUGGCAUUAGGAAACCACCUCAAAGGGGUCACAUGCUCUGAAUUCAUAAAUAUGAAAAAUGAACACGUCUGAAUGAAUGAACCAAAAAAACAAAAAACCCUGCUGCCUUCCCUUUCCCUACGUCUCGGCCGUACUCGAGUAACUUUUGUGUGCUACCCCUCGCGUUUGCCUCCUUUGCAAAUAACCGAGAGUGAUCUUCAAAACCCAUCUCAACUUGAGACUGACCGAAGCUUCGGUUGAUCGUACUACUUCCGGGUUUCUGGGAUCAGCGCUCCAAGUUGUAAUCAAUCGGUUAAAAUGGGUUUCCUGGAUUGCCCGUCUAGUCGCUUAAGUAUUUUCGGAAUUUGUCGCUUACAGAGGACCAAAACCGUUUCAUACAGUAAUACAGAAAUAACUAUUGCCAUAUCCCUAAGUAGAAUCCGUAAACCCCAUCCCAUACCAAGGCAUAUUUUUACGUACAAUACAGCUUAAGACUUCCAUAUUGUAAGGGAGUUUUUGUAGUACAACACGACAUUAAGCCGGGUUUUCAGAGUAGGUAUACCUACCUACCUAGAUAGCCUAAAUUAGGUAUGUAUAGGUA